CAGUUGAGCAUGAGUCUUCUUAUGAUUAGUGAGAAUGUAAAAUUGGCUCGUGAGUAUGCGUUGCUGGGAAACUAUGACUCUGCAGUGGUCUAUUAUCAGGGAGUUCUUGAUCAAAUGAACAAGUAUCUGUACUCGGUGAAAGAUACAGCCCUCCAGCAGAAAUGGCAGCAGGUUUGGCAGGAAAUAAAUGUGGAAGCUAAACAUGUUAAGGAUAUCAUGAAAACACUAGAGAGCUUUAAACUAGACAGCACUCCCUUGAAAGCUGCACAGCAUGAGCUUCCAGCUUCUGAGGGAGAAGUCUGGUCCUUGCCUGUACCUGUUGAACGAAGGCCCUCCCCAGGACCUAGAAAACGCCAGUCUCCUCAGUACAGUGACCCUAAACCACAUGGUAACCGUCCAAGUACAGCUGGCAGAGUUCACCGUCCAUCUGCACAAAAUCUUCACAAUGACAGAGGAAAAGCUGUUCGUUGUCGUGAAAAGAAAGAACAGAACAAAGGAAGAGAGGAAAAGGGAGUAUUGAUGGUUGGCCCACCUGGCACAGGAAAGACCCUCCUUGCUAAAGCAGUAGCUACAGAAUGCAAGACAACAUUCUUCAAUGUCUCUUCAUCAACUCUGACUUCUAAAUAUAGAGGAGAGUCUGAGAAGCUUGUUCGUCUUCUGUUUGAAAUGGCUCGAUUUUAUUCUCCAGCCACCAUAUUUAUUGAUGAGAUAGAUUCCAUUUGUAGUCGCAGAGGGACUUCUGAAGAGCAUGAAGCAAGCAGGAGGGUGAAAGCAGAGCUGCUGGUUCAAAUGGAUGGUGUUGGAGGUGCUUCUGAAAAUGAUGACCCUUCCAAAAUGGUUAUGGUUCUGGCAGCUACUAAUUUUCCCUGGGAUAUAGAUGAGGCUUUAAGACGACGUCUUGAGAAACGAAUCUAUAUUCCUUUACCAUCAGCAAAAGGCAGAGAGGAGCUAUUACGAAUAAGUUUACGUGAGCUGGAAUUGGCUGAUGAUGUUGACCUUGCAAGCAUAGCAGAAAACAUGGAAGGUUAUUCAGGUGCGGACAUUACCAACGUGUGCAGGGAUGCAUCCUUGAUGGCAAUGAGAAGGCGUAUUGAAGGUUUGACCCCAGAAGAAAUCCGAAAUCUUUCAAGAGAAGAAAUGCACAUGCCUACAACUAUGGAGGAUUUUGAAAUGGCUUUAAAAAAGGUUUCUAAAUCAGUAUCUGCUGCAGACAUUGAAAGAUAUGAGAAAUGGAUAUUUGAGUUUGGAUCAUGCUAAAUUCUCACAUGUAAACUGUAAACUGUGAGAAACCUGUCUAAGUGUUUGAGUACUAAUUAAAUGUAGUGUUUCAUUGCACUGAGUGCUAUAUUUUUUUAAACUUUCAUAAUGGUAAGAUUCUUAAAAAUCUCUUAUGAUUCUGAAUAAAGCCAAUUUUUUUUGUUGCAAA